GUCCUCCCCUUUCAUCACUCCUCCUCUCACAAACCCUGCUCUGUUCAGCGUGAAAGACGAGAAAUUGCUGGACAAUUUGUUCUGCGAUGCGACUUUUUACUCAGUCAUUUUUGUACGAUGAUUCUUGGUCGAUAGUCUCAUUGGCAUUCCUUCUUCGAUAUCCAAAUCCUUAUGCGUCACAUGUCGUUUCCUGCGAUGUUGUCUCUCGCACUUUUACCCCUCAAGGCACCCUAUCCACGCGUAGGCUUAUUCUGAAGCGCGGUGCCGUUCCUAAAUGGGCGCCGAAAAACAUCGUCUCGAGGGCCGAAAGCUGGGUAAUUGAGGAGAGUGAGGUGGAUCCUUUUGGGAAGGUGGUACGCUGUCAGACGAAAAACCUAGACCAUGUCAAAGUCAUGGAGGUGCAGGAAUUUGUCGAAUUACGCGAAGCUGAGAACGGUGGAACAGUCCAAACGACUCAAGCCCGAAUUGUGUCACGUUUCGGGUGGGGUUUGACGAAACGUAUUGAAAAUCACGGAUUGGCAAAGUUUAAAGCCAACAUUCAAAGGUCUCGAGAAGGUGUCGCUUCCGUAUUGCAACUCCUUCGCGAGUCUCGACUUCAGAAAGGCACCUUACAGGCUGCUUCCGCUCGGUAGCUGGGACGACUGACACGUCCUGGUCUAAUACCUACGAUACUUCAAUAUAGAAACAUGUCAAAUACCCACGUUCCAGGCACUGACGACUUGGCCCAUGGGUCGGAGGUGAUAAUUACUUACUACCUUGGACGAUUCUCCCCACUCCUCGCUCAUUGUGCUUCCCUCGCUUUGAUAUCGUUGUAUGGCCCGUCUCGUCGUUUCGUUAAUUCUCUUUAGUAGUUGAGUACUUGCAAGAAUCCCACUACCAGUUGUAUUAGUAGUUUAGCAUUUCAUUUAUAUAUGCACUCGCACGGUUCGUUCGGC